UCUGAGAAUUAACUUCCCUUUACUGGAAAGAAACAAAAGUUUGGUGUUUCCUUUUCACAAAGUAUUUGCAUUUGUGAUUGGAAAGCUCAUCUGAAGAGAAGGUGCUGCCGUCUGUUGGGUUCAGGAUUGCCAUUGUCAACGAAAGAGAAGUUGAUUAUCUUAGAAGAAACCUCAAAGUCUGAGAGUUCAGUUUCUUCCUGCAGGUUGUUGGUUGCUAACCAUCUUUUUGCUGACCCUCUUUCCUGCCCCUUUUGCCUAUAAUUGGAAGAUGUUUAAGAGACUGGCCAAGCAGCUUAUACAAGAGCUGGACUCGGAUGGGAGACUAAUUCCUAUGACUAGCCUGGCACGCACCAACAGCUUUCGACCUCUCUCUCUGGUGACAAAAGAGCAAUCAAGGUGGCCUUGGCAUGCCCCAAAGUAUUCCCCAAUCCCUUUCAAGCUGUCAGAUAUACUUCAGGAAGGAGCAACGAUGGAAAUAGAGCUGAAACACUCUGAGCAGCUCCUGAUUUCUGCAAACAUGUACCACAAAUCUGGAGCAAGGCUGAACCUUAAGAUACAGUCCACAGAGGUGGACAUUGGUGGCUUGGGCUCAGCAUGCUUGUCUGCUUCUCCAGUGUCUGUGAGGAAAACCUAUGUGGACCCCAAGGAGCUGUGGAAAAUCGAGACGUCCCUCGACUUGAUCCAGGAAAUCUACCCUAAGCUCAGUUUCUAUGUUGUGGUUGAAGUUUUUGAGAUAAUGGAGCCAGUGCUAAUCGAGGAGACUGUCCAAGGAGGAGGCAAGGGAGAAGUUGCUGCAGUGGAGAUCAUUAAAAUACAGGGUCUGGCCGUAAGAAUGAAAAAGAAGUGUGCACAGAUCCCCCGUGGCACAGUGUUUGCCUAUGUGGUUGAGAAGCUUCGCAGUCCCAAGGAAGAUCUGACUUUACUCUUCCAGAAGACUCGAAGAAAGUCGAUUUCCUCACUCACCUAUGAUGCAUUCCAGGAUGACAUGGGCUCCUCAUUUACAGCUGUCCAGCAAGUAAAAGACACAGUGAAAGAGGCAUAUGAGCCGCUGAUGUCCCUGAGUCAGACCUUGAAGAGGCUACUUCUGGAAUCCUUAGGAAUUUUCCUGCAGGAUGGAGAUGUUGCAGUCACUGUUCAGUCAAUGUUGGAGCUUGCGCAGACAGGGGACAGUGUUGACCGCUCCAUGUUGGAGUCACUGAAUGAGGAGCUCCGACCUCCAGUGGAAAAGCUGCUUUCCCUCAUAGGGAUUUUUGAAGAAACCGAGAAAAGAGACAACCAAGAUCUCUGUGGACCAGUGCACUUUCUCUGCUCUUCUAUAGAUGACUUAGACUAUGAGACACUGCCUCUACUGGAGAUCGUGUUGGAGAAGAAAAAUGCAGCUCAGCAACUAGAAAUGAUGGAUAGCAUUUUGGAGUGGAUUCUUUCUGGUGAUGAAGGUAGUGUUUUCACUAGUCCAGACCAUCCCCUGAUGAAUGAAGACACUGAGCUAACCACUGAGAUGUUGCAAACUUGUGGGCUGGUCUCAGAAACAGGGAAAGACUCCAUUACCUAUCUGUGGAACAGCAAACCACGUUCAGAACUGGCUGCUCUGUACUCCAGCUUGUACGCGCUGCAUAUCCUAAGUGAAUGAAGUAGGAACUAAAACAAAUCCUGAAAAAAAGACAUUGCCUGUUGCAAGGGGUCACUUGGACUGUGGAACUGACUAAGUUGUAAAAGACACCAGUACAUAUUGCUUCUGCCCUUUUGCACACAUUCCGUUCGAGACUGGCUGAUGCUUCCUACUUCUCAGUUGGAAUGGAGUGAUCAGAAGACCACAAGUACUAGGGAGUGAUUUUAAUCACAUGGUAGUUGCUGUAGCCUUGUUUCUGGAGUUCUCCAUCUGCUGUUACAUCUGUGAGAGUUGCAUCCACACAGCCCAGAUGCUUCACUCGAUUCCAAGUCAGAUUCUAAAAUAAUCACGUGCAGAGUUCUUGCAGAUGACUUGACAGCAGAUGUCUCCAAGACAUGUAAAGUAGCAAGAACCUUCUCCUUGGCAAUCAUUAUCAGGAAGGAUGUUUGUGUAAUGGUCAUGUACCAUCAUUCACAUUUGGAAGUUGCUGCUGUUUAACACAUUUCCUGGGAGUUUGCCACAUCUGACUUUUUGCCCGAAGUAUCUGUGAGCUAUCAGGGAGCACUUCACACACAAUUCGGGUUUUUCACUGCGUGUUAGAGUGCAGCCCAAUUUAUAUCCAGGGUAAAGAAAUCCACUUUUUGCAUUGGUUUUUUUGGGCAGCUUCAAACUCGCAUAACGGCCUUGCAGUAAACCCACAGUAAAGGCAGCUGUCUGGGAAAGCUCCUGUUGAAAUGUGGACAGCACAACAUGGUCUCAUGUGCCCUGGACUUGUAAGAGAAUGGAUGCAAAAAUGUAAUGACACUUGCCUAAAAUGAAAAAAAGACCCACUGCCUCUUAUCUCAGGUGCAGUAAAUUGAUGAGGCUUGUGAUUAGUCUCUGUUGUGUGUUCUGUGCAAUGUUCAUUUUUAAAGGGAUUAUUUAUAAAUUUGUUUCUUGAAUCAGUA